AUGCCGCGUAGGAGCGUCGAGAAGAGCCCCUCCCAAGUGGAAAAAUUAAGGGACUCUAAAGCUGACCUUAUGUCGCAGUCUGACCCAAAUGUUAAAGUAUUGAGAAAUUCGGGUGAUCCGUUGCUGUCGCCUCGCAUGCGGCGCAACAUGGAGCGGGUGGAGAUGCUUGCUCGCCCGCCCGCGCGCCGCCUGCGUUCGCUGUGGGAUGAAAAGUGCGCCAUAUUGCCAAGGGAACGCCGGGACAAGAUCAAGAGUGCCCUGGAGGAGGAGUACUUUCUGAGCCCCGAACAAACAGAACAGUACUUUCAAAUGGUAUCAGAAACAUCCAAACGUUGGAGCGGCCCUGGCGGUAUGGCAGGCCGCAAGGAGUCGGGCGACAAGGGCAAGGAGCUACGCCAGCGGCAGAAGUGGCUCGUCAAUUUCAGUGCGCAGGUUGCUUACCGCCUUUGCGAUUACAUAGCGAAGGGCCAAAAGGAAAUGUUGGUGUCAAAUCGUUUGAGGAGUAUAGCUGAUGUGGUUUUGGAGAGAGUCGCUGAGAUUUUGGGUGAGCCUAAGCCGUCCCGCACGCACCCUGGCCGUCUAGCCCGUUUCAUGGUGGCCAUAUCUGACCGGAUCGCGGUGUGGAUCGAGAACGCUGUGUACCGCGCCGACGCCCUGGAGCCACCGGAAUCGGAGACCGACGAACAUAUGAGGCUCGACUCUGAGAAACCGCUCAUAUGCUGA